UUGUGCUCUUUCUGUGCAUGUUUUGGGAACAACUGUUGACUUUUAUUGAAAAAGACAUCAACAGCGGAACGUUUCUGUCUCGUGGAAGGAAAUCACAGCGGAAUAUGACCCGGACUCUAAAGAAGGUGGGACCGACUGACCGCACGUGAGUGACGACCACGCACGCGGAGCAAUGCGGCGCCUGUACGUGGGCGGUCUGAGCCACGCCGUCACCCAGAAGGAGCUGAAGGAUCGCUUCGGGAAGUUUGGAGACGUGGUGGACGUGGAGCUGCGGACCAGGAGAGACGAGGAGGGAGUUCCUUACAAAACAUUCGGAUACAUUAACAUCAGCAUUUCUGAUGCAGACCUGAAGAGAUGUUUGACCGUGCUGAACAAGUCCAAAUGGAAAGGAGGAACUCUGCAGAUCGAAACAGCCAAGGAGAGCUUCCUGCACAGGCUGGCUCAGGAGCGGCAGGCGGCGGCAGACCCGGAUCUCCAGCAGACAGCAGCCGAUGACGGGAAGCAGAACCUGCUGGACUCUCUCAGCAAAGCCGGGAUCAACAACUUCACCAUGAAGGCUGCCGUUCCGGGGACCGAAGUGCCAGGACAUAAGGACUGGGUGGUCAGUAAAUUCGGCCGAGUCCUCCCCGUCCUGCAGCUCAGGUGUCAGAAAGGCAACAAAGCUCGAAUGUUGAAGUACGACCCUUCGAAGUACAGCCACAACAUCCGCAAACUGGACCGGGACGACGCCGACCGCUCCACACCGGUCAGCCAGCUCACCUGGCAGGUAGAGGGAGGGGAUGAUGACAUCAGCAGGAAGAGGCGGGGCGAGUUCCCAUCCUACGAGCCGAGAAGACCCAAGAAGAGCCGACCGCUUGGCGCCGAUACCUGCAAAGCUCCGGACAGAAAGAGAUCUGAGCAGAAAAAUUCCUCUGAUCUCAUCCAAUCCAAGCGGUUCUCCAUCGGACCAACCAGGACUGAUGCCCAGGGCGACCUGGACUCGGAUGAGGAAAUCUGCCGACUGAUGGCGGCUCAGGACAGUUCCCAUCAUGCACUGCAGCAGGAGGCCGAGGAGAGUCCGCUGGAGGUGGUGGGACUGGAGUACUCGGUGAAAUCUGGGCGUAAAGGAGAUGAAGAUGAGUACGACUCUGCCGACACAGAUGAACUCAUUGCAUCCAGAAGAAAUCUCUCUCCUCUUAGUAAUGAGAGGUCAAAGGGGCGGAGUCAACCUGGAGAGGAGAAGGUAAAGGCCGUCCUUCCUCUUCAGACUCUUUCAUUCAAAGAGGAUUCUGGUUUGGAGAAAAAAAGGACCAAAACCAGAGUCCUGCCGGUGCUUCAACACGGUGAUGAGGAAGAGGAGGAAGAGGAGGAGUCAGCCGGAUCCAGCUCUGAUUCUGAAUAUGAAGCCAUGUUCUCCAACGUCACUCGUCUGGAGCUGUCUCUGGCGGAUCUGCAGAGACUUGCUGAGGAAGACUCGCAGGCCGCCGGCAUCCUCGGGUCUGAGGGAGACCCGGCGCUCGCCGCCGGCCCCUCAGAGCAGCCUGCGCCCAAGAAGGGCACCUCGCCUGAGGAGAUCCUCGCCGCCAUCCUGGAGGACAGCGACGACGACAGGCCAAGGAAAAGGAAAAAGCGUAAAGGUGUGACGUUACCACCGCUCCCCGCCUUCCAGGGAACCAGAUCCCUGCAGGAAACAGACGAUCUGCUGAGGAGAGAGGAAGAGGAGGGAGGAGGAGACCAGAUGGACAGCAGAACCACAGAGACGGAAGGACAGGAAGGCGAGAAGAACGGGGCUUUAUCACAAAGUCCUGUAGCUUCAGAGUCUUCCUCCUCCAGUGAAGAAGACGAGGAGGAAAGGACAACAGAAACCCCUGCAGCAGAGGCUUUGCUUCCAUCACAGAUCUUCUCUGACGAAGGCUCUGGGGAAGCGGCGCCUCCAACUCUUCGACGGAAACUUAAUGCAGAGGAAGAGGAGGAGCUGCAGAGGAAGGCCAACCUGAGACGGCUGUCUGCCCUCCAGCAGAGACAGAAAAAGGUUGAGGAGCAGAAGAAGCUCAUCCAGGGAGCUUUGGCCAACCUGGAUGCUCCGCCCCCAAAAGCAGGCAAACGCAUCGUUUUUGACUCAGAUGAUGAAGAAGAGAAUCCGAGUCAGACAGCGAGUUCGAUCAUCCAGUCGGUGGAGGAGGCUGCGGGGACCAGAGCAGUAGCCAAUCAGAGAGCUGCAAAGGACAAGUUUUCAGCCCCUCAGCUGUUCGACAGCAGCGAGGAUGAGGACGGAGCCGAGGAAGAGGAGAACAGGUUUGACCUUCGACCUCAGUUUGAGGGUCAAGCGGGACAAAAGCUGAUGGCGCUGCAGUAUCGCUUUGGGACCGACGAGCGGUUUCGGAUGGACGAGCGUUUUCUGGAGGAGGAGGAGCCAGAUGGGGAGGCAGAGAGUGGCCUCGCUGUGGAGGACGAGGCCCUGGAGGAGGAGAAGAAGAAGAACCUCUCCAUUCUGCAAAACCUCCUUGGGAGCAGCAAACAGCCCAGCAGCAGGACGCCUUCAAAAGCUGCAAAGUUCAGAGACGUGUCCACUCUACAUUAUGACCCCAGCAGAGAGGAACACACUGCGUUUGAAACCAAAACCAUCCAGACUACUGAGAGCAAAGCCGCCAGGAGGAAGAAGAGGGAGGAGGCUCAGAAGCUUCCAGAAGUUUCGUCCGACAUCUUUUACGAAGUGUCCGGUGACCUGAAGGCUGUGUUCGGUCAGACCAAAGAGGAGCUCUCUGAGGCCGAGGAGGAGAACAACUGGGACCAAGAGGAGGAGGAGGAGGACGGAGGCGAGGAGGAGGAGCUGCAGACCUCUCUGCUCCCAGACGAUCCCAUCACCACGAAAGAGGAAUCCUCCGGGUUCAAGUUUUCGUUCUUCGGGGUCGACGGCGAGACGAGCAGCAGAGAGACGACCGAGUACAAAGUGGAGAACAUCCAGGCUCCAAAGGUGUCCUGGCAGCAAGACCCUCGUUUCCAUGACAGCAGCUCAGACGAGGAGCCGGAGAGCCAAAGCAGAGAAGCUAAAGCAGAAGAACCUCCCUCCACGAUGGAUUUGUUCUUCUUCUACCCCGGUGACUCCAGACUGAAAGACGGUCCGACGUUGUUCUGUCGCUCCGGCCAGCUGGAGGAGCAGAGGGAGGACUGGGAGGAGAGGAGGACCAUGCUCAGACGGGAGGUUCGAAAGAAGCACAAAGAUGCACGAAGGAAGCUGAAAGCUGCACCUAAGAGCUGAGCAUUCUGGGAAACGGUUUCCAGCCACUCAGAGGAGUCUCUGUGAGGACGGUGAACAUCAUCAGAGCUUUGUGUCGAACAUUUGAGGGACAUCUGUUAGACUCUGAGGAGAACGAGGUGUUGAAGUUUUGACCAGAACCAUAAAAAUAUUAUUUUUAGUUUAAA